AUGGGCUGCAAGAUCAUCAACGGGUGGCCCCGGUGCAUCCGCAUCCCCUCAUGCCAGGACCUGCGGUGCCAAGGCGACAUGGCGUGCCGGGUGGUGCAGGGGUGGCCGAAGUGCGUGCGCAUGGUGAGGAGCCCCCCAUUGGCACCAUCGCUUUGUUCUGGUGUCCUCUGCAAGGCUGGAACCGUCUGCCGCAUCGUGGAGGGCAUCCCCCGUUGUGUCCCCCCCAAGCUCUCUUGCGACGGCGUCCGCUGCCCACCAGGGAUGGAGUGCCAGGUAGCCAAGGGCUGGCCUCAGUGCAUGCCUAGCAAGCCCACAUGCGCCACGGUGCACUGCUUGGAAGGCACCACGUGCCAGAUGGUGGAGGGCUGGCCCAAGUGCAUGCCCAACAAGCCCACAUGCAGCACCGUCCGGUGCCCCGUGGGCACCACGUGCCAGAUGGUGGAGAACUGGCCCAAAUGUGUGCCCAAUAAGCUCUCCUGUGAGUCUAUCCGGUGUCCGGCUGGCACCACAUGCCAAAUAGUGGAGAACUGGCCCAAAUGCGUGCCCAACAAACCAUCCUGCAAAGACAUGCAUUGCCCUGCAGGGACCACAUGCCAGAUGGUGGAGAACUGGCCUAAAUGCGUGCCCAACAAGCCAUCCUGCAAUGAUAUGCAUUGCCCUGUGGGGACCACGUGCCAGAUGGUGGAGGACUGGCCUAAAUGCGUGCCCAACAAGCCGUCUUGCAAAGAUAUGCAUUGCCCGGCAGGGACCACGUGCCGGAUGGUGGAGGACUGGCCCAAAUGCGUGCCCAACAAGCCAUCUUGCAAUGACGUGCAUUGCCCGAAGGGGACCACGUGCCAGAUGGUGAAAAAUUCACCCGAGUGCCUGCCCAGCAAGCCAUCUUGCAAAGAUAUGCAUUGCUCAAAGGGGACCACGUGCCAGAUGGUGGAAAACUCACCCAAGUGCCUGCCCAACAAACUGUCUUGCAGCGACGUGCCUUGCCCAGCAGGAACAACGUGCCAGAUGGUGGAGAACUGGCCCAAAUGCGUGCCCAACAAGCCCUCUUGCAAUGAUGUGCAUUGCCCGAAGGGGACCAAGUGCCAGAUGGUGGAAACCUCACCCAAGUGCCUCCCCGUCUCGCAGCUUCCGCUCGUCUGCCACGUCUCAGGACGCUCGCACUUUCGCGCCUUCGAUGGGAAGAGCCACAACUUCCCCGGGCCCUGUGCCCACACUCUGGUGACCAUCUGCAGUGCCCACCAUCAGCUGCCUGCCCUCCGCGUGGUGGUGGGGAGCGAGAAGGUGCCGACUGCCUCCUUCAGCCACGUCACGCUCCGUGGUGAUGGUUACGAGGUCAUCCUGCUCCGAGGCGAGGACAGGAUGGCGAGGGUGGAUGGGCGCCUUGUCCUGCUGCCCCUCUCACUGGCCAAGGGCAAGGUGCAGCUGGGGCAAAGGGGUGGCCAGCGGCUGGUGACCACGGCCCUGGGCGUGCGGGUGGCCUACGGCAGGGAUGGUGCUGUGACAGUGACGGCACCGGGGAGCCUGCAAGACCAGCUCUGUGGGCUCUGUGCCCAUCCUGCCAGAGGAGACAAGGACAGCAAGGGACAGGGGACGCAGUGCUCCCCAUCCUGCCCGCACAACCACCCCCAUGAGCCUUGCACCACCACUGUCCCUGUUCCCAUCCCCGUCCCCAUUCCCGUCACUGGUACCUGCUCAGCCCUGGGCGCUGGCCACUUCCGCACCUUCGACCGGCUCCACCACGACUUCCCUGGCACCUGUGUCUACCUCCUGGCCGGGCUCUGCCCCAGCGCAGGGGGCCCUGAGCCCUUCCGCGUCCUGGUGCGGGGUGGCCGCGGAGGCAUCGCCGCCGCUGAGGUCCUGGUGCAGCAUACCCACGUGGCACUGGAGGCUGGGCAUGUCACGGUGAGCACCGGGCGGCACUCCUUACCCAGGGGUUACGCCUCUGAGGAGUGA